AGUGGGAGAGUUGGGAGAAAUAUGUGCCAGACUGGAGCCGAGGAACACUGCUGCUGAUAAAGCUGUAUUUGUCAAGGACAGCAGUUCUCCGGGAAGGUCCGGGCUGACCUGUGAUAUUAUUUAUUAACACUGUAGCUGUUUCUAAGGUCACUUGACACAGAUUCCUCAAAUGUUGUAGGUUUUGAAGCGCUCAGUGGACCACGCCGAGGUUAGGGCGGGAAGAAGGCCAUGUCCCACAGCCAGUCAGACAGCCACAUGGGUGACCAGGUCCAACAAAUUCUGGAGACCGACUUCUCCACAGAGCUACAUAUAUCUGAGUCAGAUGAUGAUUGCUGCCAGUCACACAACUCUCCCGCACCCCAGUCUGAAACAUCCACACUCAAGGAAGAUGUAGUAGACAGGCUUGCGGUGCCUCCGAAUGUAGUUUUGAGCACCCAGAGUCCUGCAGCACUGAAAGUUGGUACCCAACAGCUCAUUCCCAAGAAUUUAGCCACAGCCAGCCGGCCUAAGAACCGCUACCACACCACUGUGGUGACGUUCCCAGUGGGACUGGAGAACUCCAAGAGUGGGGCCCGGAGCCAUCGCUCAUGCCAGGGGGCAGAUGUAUCGUGGGAGGAUUAUGACAGUGAUGGAGAAGGUUUUGCUUUGAGGAGGAACCGCAGAAACAAGUCAUACAGAGCGGCUGUGACUAGCCUGGAUAUAGAUGCCAUGGUGAUGAGAAAAGAGGUUGUAGCCACGCUGGAACCUGUCAAAGAGAACAAGGUGUCCAGUCCUGGUCCAGCUCGCAGCCCUGGACGCAAGCGAACUCUGGGGAGAAAGAGGAACCAGAAGCAUCGUGGAUCCUUUAAAGAUGCUACACCGUGCCUCUACCAGGAGAUCCGUGAGCGAGGGCUACACUCCACAAACCAGGAUGAACUGCUGGAUGACUUUGUGGUGGUGGAGCCUCCUGUGGCAGACCAGAACAUCGUGGUGACGAGCUACCGGCCAGUGCAGCUCACCUGGAGCCAGUUACCACAGGUGAAGGACACAGAUAUCCUGUCUAUGAUCUCACCUCAGGAAAGAAAGAGACAAGAGGCCAUUUUUGAGAUCAUCACGUCUGAGCAUUCGUACCUGCACAGCCUGGGCAUCCUGGUGCGUCACUUCAAGGACAGUGAAGCUCUGAGGAAAACGAUGACGGCCACAGAGCACCAUCACCUUUUCUCCAACAUCUCUGUCAUUCACCAAGUCAGCAAACGGUUUUUUGAGGACCUUGAACAGCGUCACAGUGACAAUCCAGUGAUCCGGGACAUCAGUGAUAUUGUUCAGAACCAUGCUGCCAAGCACUUUGAGCCCUACAUUGUGUACUGCUCCAAUGAGACCUUCCAGCAGAGGACACUGCAGAAGCUGCUGACCAAGAACACUGCGUUCAAAGAAACCCUGAAGCAGAUUGAGGGGAGCAAGGACUGCGGGGGCCUCCCCAUGAUCUCUUUCCUGAUCCUUCCCAUGCAGCGAGUAACCAGACUGCCACUGCUGCUGGAUACCAUCUGCCAGAAAACUCCAGACAAGACAAAGGAGUACUUUGCUGCUGUUUGGGCACUACAUGCAAUCAGCAAGUUGGUCACGAGCUGCAAUGAUGGGGCAAGGCGGAUGGAGAGGACAGAGCUGAUGUACACAAUCCAGAAACAAAUGGAUUUUGGUAAAAUUAAGCCAUUUCCUCUGGUGUCGUCAUCGCGGUGGCUAAAGAAGCGUGGCGAGCUGGCUGUGUGCGCGGAGGAGCUCAGCAUCUGGAAGGCUUUCAGCAAUAGGAGCUACUAUCUGUUUCUCUUCAAUGAUGUACUAAUUGUUACCAAGAAGAAGAGUGAGGAGAGCUUUGUGGUGAUGGACUAUGCCACUGUGGAGAAUGUGGAGGUGGAGUUCGUGGAGGAUGCAGAGGGACUGACGUCUUCACCUGGCAAGAACAGCUAUUAUCUGUCCUUCAGACUGCUGAUGAGAAAAAACAGUGAGGGGAGAGCAGAGCAAAUCUCCCUGGUGGCUGAGUCCAGGGUGGACCGGGCACGUUGGAUAGUUGCUCUUAAAGAGCACAAGCAGGCAAGAGUCUCCAUGUGUACAGAUGGUUUGCCACAGUAUGAGGCCACUAAGGCCUACAUGCCAAAGGGGCCAGAUGAGCUAGGGCUGCAACAGGCUGAGCUUGUCAUCGUCCUGCAGAAAGAGGAAGCAUGGUGCUAUGGGGAGAGAAUGCGAGAUGGAGAAAGAGGCUGGUUUCCAGCUAGUUGUGCCACAGAGAUCACAAACCCUACUGCCAUGGAGAGCAACGUGCAACGCAUGAAGCGCCUGCGCAAAGAGACCAAUGUCUGACUCUUAAUAGCAAUAUUCCCAUAUCAUGAUGUACAGAGGGGAUGACAAAGUAAAUGUUAUCCGAUACAUUUGUGAGGCUCAUUAUGUUUGAUUUUUGGCUGCAUUACUUAACACAGAAAAACUUUCAGUGGUCUACAGGUCCAUUACCAACAGACUGAAAGACAUCAAGCUAUUAAUGCCAUACUGGUUCUCCACUGGCUUGAGAUGUAUACACUGGAACCAUAAGGUUUUUGGACUGAAUCCAGCAAGUGUCUUAUGCUUAAUGUUGCUCUUUACUGCCAAACUAUCCAAACCAUUUUAAAAACACACCCAAUCCAGUUGAAUGAGAAGAUAAAUCAACACUAUAUGCAACAGCUGUUAUAUAGUAAAGGUUUUGUCCACCUAUACAAAGGCACAGAUAUUUGCAGUAGCAUGAUUUAUUGGCCAACAAUGUAUGUUUUAUUAAACUUGUUUUACCCCCUUGGUGUAAAUUUUAACUUGCUCUAGCAAAUACUGAAGCUCAGAUUUCAUUUCAAAUCUAGGAGAUACAAAAUUGUAUUUUCUACAUGUAAAAACAAGAGUUUGGGUUUCAGGAGUCUCAAAGAUGAGGAGUCAAGCAUAACAUACUGGCUACAUUUCUUUGGAUCAUGUGUUAAUAUCAAUGAAAGUGUCUUUGAGGGUUUCUUUAUUAACCUGGUGUAAAACAAAUGUUUUGGCAAAACAUUUGUCAUUCUAAAAUGCAGUCUGACAUCCUGUGCCAGUGUUAAAUUUUGAUUAAAUACCAUUUACUGCACCAUAGGCAGUUAUUUGUCUAAAUAAAUGAGGAAAAAAAAACACCAACUU